AUGGCCUUUGAUGAAAACUUUCUGCAGGGUUCUCCAGAAUUUGUAGCUUCUACGGAAUGUGUGCACUACUUUGAGUGGAAGACAUACCUGGCAUGCAAGAAGGACUUAUUCAAACCCACUGAAGAGGUACCCUGCUAUGUAUUUGAUGAAGCCUUGAAGAAACGUGAUUUGAACCCUUUGAUUUUGACUUCUGGAGGCUACUUGGUAGAAGAUUCGGAUGAAGACGUAGAACUGUACAUCAAUAUCUGUAGAAAUAUAGGGAAGUCAUCUGAUAAAACCAAGAAUUGUCCAGAUCAAAGUGCAGCAUGCCUGUUGAAGGGUGGUCAGGCAUAUGACCUGGGGCAUCCCAAAGAACAACUCAAAAAGCUUGAUAAAGAUAGGCUUUCACUGAGGUAUGAAAGGACAUUUAACAGUGAGCAGAGGCCAGAUUUCUGCAAUGACCAUGAUCCGGCAGUGACUGUGACAUUUGUGUGUCCACAGGGGAGAAUACAAGAGGACACCCAACCCAGACUCACUGCUCAAAGUAAUUGCCGUUAUGAGAUUGAAUGGGUCACAGAGUCUGCCUGUCAAAGGGACUACUUAGAAAGUAAGAGCUGUAUUCUGAACAGUGAACAGCAUGGGAUUUAUGUGAAUUUGACACCCCUCAAACAGGCUCCUGGUUACGUGUCACCUUACGUUGCUAAAGACAAUGAAGAGUAUUACUAUUACUUGAAUGUAUGUGGGCAAAUUGCUGGAGGUCCGUGCACUGUUGAAUAUGUUUCAUCCUGCCAAGUCAAGAUUCAAAAUGGCCAACGUAAAGUUGCAGGAAAGUUUACAAAUCAAACCCUCAGGUAUGCUGACGGUGACCUCAUCUUAACCUAUGCUGGAGGAGAUACUUGCAGCUCUGGUUUUCAGCGAAUGACUGUCAUAAACUUUGAAUGCAACCAAACAGCAGAUGAUGAUGGCAAAGGACAACCGGAGUUUACUGGUGAAACAGAUUGCUCAUAUUUCUUCACCUGGCAGACCAAAUAUGCAUGUGUUGGAGAAAAGGAAGAUAUUCCUUGCACGGUUGCUGAUAAGAAGAAACGCUAUGACUUGUCCCGACUGAUCCGUCAUUCUGAGCUGGAGCAGAAUUGGGAAGCUGUAGAUGGAAACCCUGUUGAAGCUGAAAGGAAGCGUUUUUUCAUUAAUGUGUGCCACAAAGUACUUCAAAAAGGAGAUGCCAUGAACUGUACCAAAGAGGCAUCUGUUUGUUCCAUAGAUAAAAACAAUAAUGCAAAAAAUCUUGGGACUUUUAUGUCUCAUCCCACAAAAGUUGGAGAGAAUAUUCAGCUUCUCUAUUCAGAUGGCGACACUUGUGGACCAAACCAAAAAAUCGAAACAAAGAUACUACUUAUAUGCAAGCCGGGUGACUUGGAAAGUGCUCCCGUUUUGAUUCACUCUGGCUACGGUGGGUGCCUGUAUGAGUUCGAGUGGCAUACAGCCGCUGCCUGUGUCCUGUCUAAAACAAAAGGAGACCACUGCAAAGUUUCUGACUCUCAAGCAGGAGUUUAUUUUGACUUGUCGCCAUUGAUGGCCGUGACCCAUCCAGUGACUACAGAUGACUACACUUUUUACAUCAGUGUUUGUGGCAAUGUGUCGAACACAAUGUGUACAUUGCCAUCUGCAGCAUGUCAAGUGAAGAAAGCUGGUAAAGAUGCAUGGAGUCUGGGAAUGCCCAGUUCUGAGCUUUCCUAUUAUGAUGGAAUGAUUCAGUUGGACUAUCAAAAUGGUACACCCUACAACAAUAAGAAACACACACAGCGUUCUACCCAUAUAACCUUCCUGUGCGAUCGUGAAACAGACAUAGGAGUGCCCGAGUAUCAGGCAGAGGACAACUUUACCUACAACUUCAAGUGGUACACCAAAUAUGCCUGUCCAGAGAUACCCACAGAAUGUGUUGUAACAGAUCCUCAAACCUUGGAGCAGUACGAUCUGUCGAGCUUAUCUGGAGACAGAAAGGAAAACUGGUUUGCAAUGGACACCUCUGAACCAGAGGCUCUCAAAAAAUAUUACAUAAGUAUCUGCCGGCCUUUGAACCCCAUUCCAGGCUGUAACAUGCGGGCAUCAGUCUGCGAAAUGACAUACCACAGAGGAGUGGAUAAGGACCCCUUCAGAAUUUCCAACAGUAACCUGGGCAUAGCCAGCAGAGGCCCCAUUAUUGAAGGACAUGGUAGACUCCUCCUAAACUACACCGAUGGCUCUGUGUGCACCAGGGCUAAUGGCACGACCGGGCCUUUCUCAAGUCUCAUCCAUCUUGUCUGCUCCAAGGGGAAUCUUAUUAGCAGCCCGAAAUUCAUAGAGAUAAAAGAGUGUGUUGCAACCUUUCUGUGGGAAACUGAAGCUGCCUGUCCGGUCGUGACGACACAAGGAGAAUCUGAGACCUGCUCUGUAAAGGAUCCCAAUACUGGCUUUGUGUAUAAUUUGGAACCAUUAGCUUCAAAAAAGGCAUACCCAGUAAUGCAUGCUGGGAAGGGUUAUAUGAUCAAUAUUUGUGGACCAGCAGCAGAUUGUAGACCUGCGGAGAGCGCGCCUGAUGACUCGAUUGGUGGCUGUGAAACAAUUGAUCUAAAGCAUAUUCGUUUGGUGAAACUGAACAAAACUCUUGCACUCUCUACACAAGGAUAUCUGUCUCUUACUUACAAAGGAACCAGUGACGUUUUUGUGAUCACCUUUAUCUGCAAUGGGUCCUAUCCUGGAGAACCUGUAUUUGUGCACGAAGAACUGAAUUUGGCACAGAAUAUCAAUUACACUUUCUUCGAGUUUCACACAGCUUUAGCUUGCCCACCUUCUCCAGUUGCCUGCCAGGUUACUGAUUCUGCUGGCAAUGAGUAUGAUUUGAGUGGCUUGAGCAGAGAGACCGAGCCUUGGAUUGCCUUGGAUACAUCAGAACAGGCAAAAACAAGAACUUUCUAUCUGAAUGUUUGCAAACCCCUUCCCAGAAUAGCAGGGUGUCCUGGUGGUAUAACAGGAUCUUGUGUGAAAUAUGCUGAAAAGGGCCAGAGCCUUGGUAUGAUUCAUAUGAGUCCUCAGGCUGCCACGGAUGGGUCCCUUUACAUUGUGUACUCCAGUGGGGAGAAGUGCAAAAAUAACCGGCUGUACUCAACACGGAUCAUCUUCUUGUGUGAUCAAACGACAGGACCACCAGUGUUCCAGCGUGAAGAAGAUUGUGAGUUUGUGUUUCUCUGGAGAACGCUAGAAGCUUGUCCUGUGCAUAGAUCAGAAGGUGAGAACUGUCAGGUAAAAGAUCCACGGUACAAUUACGUAUAUGACCUCACAUCACUUCGUGGGAAGGAUAUCCAAGUAAGCACUGACGAAUAUGACUACUACUUCAGAGUCUGUGAUGCACUAACACCAGGAAUAUGCAAACAAUCAAAUCACAGGACAGAAGUGUCAUCAUGCCAGAUCAAGAAGAAAGACUCCGAUUUUAAAAAGAUAGCAGGCUUGCAUACUACAAAGCUGACAUAUGAAGAUGGCUUAAUUAAAAUUAAUUAUACCAGUGGAGAUACAUGCCACACAAUAUAUCAGCGGUCCACAGCCAUAUUUUUCUAUUGUGAUCUUCAUCCAGACUUGAAGCCUGUAUUUCUGAAAGAAACGGAGGAUUGCACCUAUAUGUUCGAAUGGCACACUCCAUUUGCAUGCCCACCUUCCAAAGCUGUGGAGUGCUCCUAUAAAGACAGUGCUGGCAACUCCUAUGAUCUGUCUUCUCUUACACGCCAUAAGGAGAACUGGGAAGCCAUUUCUAGGGCUAACCCUAAGCAGAAAUACUACAUCAACGUCUGCAAAUCUUUAGUGCCACAUAAAGGGGCAGAUUCCUGUCCACCAGAUGCUGCAGCCUGCCUGAUGGAUGGGUCUAAAUAUGUAAACUUAGGUGAAGUAGCAGAAGGACUCCAAUGGCAAAACAAUGUUUUUGUUCUCAAAUACAUCAAUGGGGAAAAGUGUCCAGACCAGGUCCGGAAGAAGUCAACAAUCAUCCGCUUCAAGUGUGAUGAAAAUAAAGUUGACUCCAAACCAGAGCUAGUAACAGCCAUUGAAGAUUGUGAAUAUACUUUUGUGUGGUUCACAGUGGCAGCAUGUCCUCUGAAAAGCAACGUGCACAGCAACUGCACAGUGUCCAACCCUCGUACAGGCCAUCGCUUUGACCUUAAUUCUCUAAAGAGGCAGGAUGGCUACACUGUGACUGACUUCAGGAACCGGAGAACCAUCUGGUUAAGUGUGUGUGAUGAACCUAGAAGUCCAUGUGGUAGUGGAGCUGGAGUCUGUGUCACCGAUGGCCAUCAGCCAUCCGUUAAUGCUGGACAACUGAGCAAAACAUUAACUUACGAAGAUGAAGUUUUGAAACUUGUCUAUGAAGGUGGAGACGCCUGCCCAGCAGAUCCACGCUUGAAGUAUAAGAGCUUUUUCAGUUUUGUGUGCUGGCCUGAUGCUGGGCCUGGAAGCAAGCCAGUCCUUGUCUCGUUUAAUGAGGCGACAUGUGCCUAUUACUUCUCUUGGCACACUGCUGUAGCUUGUGAAGAAGAGAGUGUGGUGGAAUGCACAGUUACAAAUGGCAGCACCAUAAUUGACCUCUCUCCUUUGAACUAUCCAACAAGUUCCUAUGAGACAUAUGCUAACUUAUCCUCCCUUCAUCCAGACUUCUAUAUUAGAAUUUGCCAGCCUCUGAAUUCCAUCAGAGAUGUUAACUGCCCACCUGAAGCAGCUGUCUGCAUGGUUCCCAUUACUGGUUCUCCUGUAGACAUUGGACACAUCACUGCACCUCCCAAGCUUAACACAGCAACAAAUGAAGUUUAUAUUACUUAUGACAGUAGCACUCCAUGUUCAGAAGAUAAAAGUCUCAAGUAUUCGUCCCUCAUUGUCUUUCAUUGCAACAGAGGCGAGAAUUUGGGAAAACCCAAAAUGAUAGAGCAGUCAGCCUGCAAAUACAUAUUUGAAUGGAGCACCCCAUUGGUAUGCCCUGAUAAAGUCGCUGUUUCAGGCUGCUCUGUGUCUGAUGAACGCUUGCACUACUCCUUCAACCUAUCCAGUCUUUCUGGAACCCUUUACAAGGUCCCAUCCGGGGGCAAGUUUUUCCAUCUAGGGGUAUGUUCCGGUGCCACGGAGGUGCCCCAAGGAAAAUGCAGAGACGCAGCAGUAUGCCUGGUCUCCGGCAACAGUGCCGUCUCAUUUGGCAACAGGAAGGCAAUGUGGAUGGACUACUGGCACGAAGAGGAAGCCGUCGUUGUGCGGUACAAGAGUGGUGAUGUGUGCCCUCCAGUUACUGAAAUGGGCGAGCGUUGUGUCUUCCCUUUCCAGCACAAGGGCAAAAGUUACGACACGUGUAUUACAGAGGGACGUGAGCGGCCCUGGUGUGCCACUACAGACAAUUUGGAACAAGACCACAAAUGGGGGUUCUGUGUAAAUGGAUCUGUGCUUCGGGAAUCGACUAUUAUUUUCAAGUGUGAUGACAAUGCCGAUAAUGGGAAGCCCCAGCUCUUAAGUGAGACCUUGGGCUGUGCUGUAACGUUUGAAUGGAAGACGAGAGUUGUGUGUCCUCCCAGGCAAAUGGAGUGCAAGUUUGUUCAUAAGCACCAGACCUAUGAUUUGAGGAUGCUCUCCUCCCUUACAGGCUCGUGGAUCUUUGCUGACAAGGACAGCACUUACUACAUGAAUCUCUGUCAGAGAGUCCAUGGAGGACCCUCAGGCUGCCCAGAGCGGGCAAGCGUUUGCCGGAAAACUAAGAACGGGGCUGUGCAAGUUCUAGGAUUAGUUCAUAUGCAGAAAUUUAACGUGACAGGUGAUAAAUUUCUUGUCAGUUACUCCAAUGGCUAUGACUGUCCACAAGGGAACAAAAAAGCAUCAACUGUGAUUGAAAUGAAAUGUGGAGAAACAGUUGGCAAACCAAGAAUCAGUAGGAUCGAUGAAGAAAGUUGCACCUAUUACAUUACAUGGGAAACUCGGGCUGCUUGUGCUGUCAAACGCCAAGAAGUAAGCAUAAUCAAUGGCACGAUUAUAAAUCCAGCAACAGGGAAGAACUUCAGUUUGGGUGACAUUUAUUACAAACUACACAGUGCUUCUGGUGAUAUCCGAACUAAUGGUGAUACCUACAUUUAUGAGAUUCAGCUUUCUUCUAUCACGGACUCAAAGCACUCACAAUGCUUGUCAGCCAACAUAUGUCAAGUUAAAACAUCAGGGACUCAUUUUCGGAAAAUUGGGUCUUCUAGCAAGGCGAAAUAUUAUAUCCAAGAUGAUGAUUUGGAUGUUGUGUUCACCUCCGACUCCAGUUGUGGUAGAGACAGAACAAAGACUGCAUCCUCCACUAUUUUCUUCCACUGCAGUCAACAGGCCAAAGAAGGCAUCCCUGAAUUUCUCCAUGAGUCGUCAGACUGCCAGUACUUGUUUACCUGGUACACCUCAGCAGUCUGCCCUUUGCUAAGCUCUGAGACUACAAAUGACAAAUCAUAUACGGAAGAUAAUUUUCAUAAAGGCCUUUCAGGAAGAAGUCAAGCAGUCGGUGCGCUUCUGAGUUUGCUCCUUGUGGUUCUUACGGCCUGCCUAGUGAUCCUAUUACUUCACAAAAAGGAAAGGAGAGAGACUGUGAAGCAAAAACUAGCCAACUGCUGUCGAAGAACAUCAAAUGUUUCCUAUAAAUAUACAAAGAUAAACACAGAAGAAGUGAAUGAAACUGAAACAGAAUGGCUCAUGGAAGAAAUUGCUGCACCGAAUCAGAAGCUGGGAAACGGGGGACAAGAAAAUGGCCACAUCACCAGUAAAGCAGUGAAAUCUAAUGCCCUCACAUCCCUUCACGCAGAUGACCUGGACAGUGAGGACGAAGUUCUAACUAUACCAGAGGUGAAGUUCCAUUCAGCCAGGGACUUCCAGCUGAGAGGCUCAGACACCAGCAGGCCUGCUCAGAACAAAGCUUUUAAUGAUUCAAGCAGCGAUAAAGCUGGCCUGCUAAACGGCAGAAAGAAUAGCAAAGGCAGCUUUGCUUUUGGCCAGCGGAAACUGCAGAACUCAAUGAACACAGCACCUUUCCAUGAUGAUAGUGAUGAGGACUUGUUGAACGUUUAACCUUCUCUUGUGCCUACUCAAAAUUCCAUGUGUGUAUGUUAAGGUGGGACAACAAAACACUUCCAACCAAAUAUGAAGACUGUAGCUGCAGAUGCCUUUUGCAAGGGAAUGCUUCAAAGGGAAUGUAGGGUGGAGGGAGAGAAGCAGGAUCAACCCUAGUUGUUUACAAUGCUCUGUUUUAAUGAUUACUAGAUUUCUAGCAUCCAGUGAACUGAACGAUGGUAAUUCUCCUUCUCAGCCUGGAUUUGCACUCUUCCCCCUCUGUAGAUGGUAGAGGCUACAUAAUGAUUUCCAAAGUAGGACCAGAUCUGAAAGAAGACCCCUCAGCUUCAAGAUGAGACUUGUAUUUUAACGCCCUCCUUUAUUUAUUGCUCUCACUACUCAGGUUCAUGGAAAUAAUAAUAAUAAGGCAAUGCGUUCUUCCUGCAGGCAGGGUAUUUGUUGUACAGAUUCACCUGUCACGUGAAGUGGAGUUGAAGGGUUCUCUGUAUGUUUGGUAGGUUGGUUUGAUGUAUAUUUUGGAGCUGGUCUAUUCAACUUGCCUGUACAUUUGAUUCCUGUAUUCUAACUUAAAAUGGCUUGUUAUGAUUUGGAAAGUGUCUUUACUGGAAGUCACAGAUCUUUAUAGCUUUAGCUUUGGAACAGUGGCUGUUCUUUGCAUGAUGAGUCUUUUUAUUUUUUGGUAGCAAUCAAACAACAUCUUUCAUCAGUAUUUACAGAACUGUUGGGAAAACAUGCCAGAGCCCCUGUUUAACACUAAUUGAGCCCAACAAAGAGUGGGUUCUUUUUAGAUGGCCUUCUGUCUCUUUAGGAACAGUGAGGAAGGCGGACUUCUGGUGCAGUGCCUACGAUCCAAAUGGCAUUGUGAUGCAUCAAAAAAGAAUGCAAAACCUGCACCUUUUUUUUUGAAAUGUUGUACUGCUUUAGGGGCUAGAAAAAGAACACCCACCCUCAUCCCUUCUGGAAGAAACUUGUAACCCUACCAUAUGAGACUUUUUAUUCCAGGCCAACUUACAGACUUUGGUUAGUAUCAGCUUCACUGCCCCCAAAGAGAUUUAAGGCUUUUCUGAAGCCACUGGCCCAAAGAAAGUCUUUAUUGCACAGGCAUGUGCUUAUUUUUUGGUAUGUGGGGUGUGAAGAGAGUACCCUUUGGGUAUGAUCACUGGACAUUCUGAUGUCCAUUACAUGUUGGAGCCACACUAAUUAAACCAUGUGCUUGGUAAGAUGGAGUGAAGAGCUGCCCAUCAGCUCAGUGGUUUUUCAGGGGCUCGCUCAUGUGAACGAGUUUCCAUAGACAAGGUACCAGUACUUGGGCUGGCCAGAAGCUCUUCCUUGUUUAUACCUUUUCCUACUUGCAUUGGUUUCCUUAAGAUUGAUUUCCAUUUGGAGAUUUGAUUUAAUGUAUAAUAAGCAUUCAAGUAAUUUCAAUAAAUGAUAAAUUAUGUUUCCCUAGGAACUGAAGUGAUAAAAUUAAUUUUUAAUCAUGUCAAAUGCCUUUAUAAUGGGUCUCUAAAUGGGGGAAGGGAGUUUUUAUAUAAUUCUGAGUUUGAAGUGUAUGUAAUACCACAGAGUUUAAAGAUCUAGCAAGACACUACAAUGAAAUUGUCAAACAGUUGUGGGAAGUGGGCCAGUCCAUUGUGUUACCAUGAAGGGACUUGGUUCAGGUAUUGAUUUGACUGGCUUCUAUCCACUUGACAGAGUACCAGAAAUAAUGGGGUGGAUCUUUAGCGAUAAGCUUAGCUAACGGUACAGGCCAUGAGGCUACAAUAGCUCUUGAAAUUGCACUGAAUACGUGGAAGGCUUUCAGCUCUUUUGAUUGAGGUAUAUUUCCAGACACUCAGCAACAAGGUGAAAAGGCAGCACAUCAAGUUGCCAGGUUCAUUUUUGCUGUGGAAAAGGAUUGCCAAGAAUGCUGUACUCAAACUAUUCGUCUGAAGUGUUCAUGUGUCACUUUUUUUGCUCACUGGGGCCCUGAAAGCAUGCUGUACAGUAAAAUACAAUAAAAUUGCAACAGAAAAGUAAA